AUGGAGAGUGCAAUCUUCUUCUCUGCUGUCGCCGCGGGCGAAACAAGCAUCAUUGAGGAUAUCUAUCGCAAGAAUAACGCCAUCCUCUCCGUCAAAGACGCAUCGGGCCGAUCCGCCCUCCAUGAAGCUGUCCUCCACGGACAAACCCGGAUUGUGGAACAGUUACUCAAAUAUGGAAUAGAGCCAUCGGCGACAGACAUUCGGGGCCAGACACCACUGCAUCUUGCCGCUCAGCGAUCUUCCCCCGCUGUUCUUGUGGCACUACUCCAACAAGGCGCCAACUGGUCCAUCCGAGACGAGGAUGGAAAAACGCCUCUCUUUUAUGCCUAUGAAAACAAUUUGACAGAGUUCCUAGCGUGUUUCCUCAAAUAUACGAAAGAAAUGCAGUGCGGUCUUACCCCGGAGAUUAUUCUUCGAGCAGGUGCAAGUCGAAGGUGGACCGCACGUCCGUGUCUACCUACCUGCCCUUGA